AUCGAAAGGAAAUGUUUUGGUAGAAAAUAUAACUGUCAUUCAUGAUAUUAUUAUUAUUAUCAUUAACAAAUUUAUGACAGCAACAAUAACAACGACAAACCACCACCGAACCAAAGAUUUUAUUGAAAAAGUUUCGAUUCUCAACAACGAAAAAAAAAUUGAUUAAAAUGGAUUCAAAUUUAUCCAUAGGUAAAGAUAAUAGUGGUGCUGGUGGUGGUGGUAAUAGUCUCAUAAAAUUUGCCAUACAACUUCAUCCCGAACUAAAAGAUGAGAAUAAAUCAUCGGAUAAGUUAAAUUGGUUUCUAUAUCAACUGCCAAAAGGUCAAAAAACAUCUAUUCAAUCAAUCAUUGAUUAUAGCCGAGAAUUCUGGAAUCUUGAUCCGAAAAAAGAAUAUUCACUUAUCAUGACAUUGGAUGAAACGCAACAUUUGUUCCGAUUUAUCACUGAAGAACAUCAAUAUCGUUCAUGUUUUACACAAGGUGCCGUUAUUGAACUAUAUUAUUCAGUUCGUUAUGUUGUAUCGAAAUUAUUGGAAGAAUUUCAACAAUCAUUACGUGAAUGGACAUGUCAAGAUCGUUUGCCAUUAUUGAAGAAAAUUUGUGUUUAUGCAUCAGAUCAAGCGUUUGUGGCCGAAUUCGAUGAACAAAAAGGAUUUCAAUUGCUUAUUACAUCGUUUGUAGCAAAUAAAUUCAAUGAAUUUGAAUUACACUACAUUCUGGAUAUCAUUGCCAAAAUUAUGGAACAUGAUAUAAUACGUUGGUUUGGACAGACUGCUGUAAUCGAAAAAAAUUUCAUCGAACGUAUUAUUGAAUUGAUUUCUAGUAAUAGAUUUAUGAUUUUAGUUCAACCAUCUCAGCAACAACAACAACAACAAUCCAAUCAUUUAUCAAUGUCGGCACCAAUGAUACCAGAUGCUGAACGUCGAAUUCUCAUUCUAUCAUUGAGUAUAUUGGAAUCAGCCAUUUUAAAUGCGGCUAAAUUAUUUCUGCCCAUUAUUCGUGAACAAUUACCGAUAAAAAAAUUAUCACUUUUAUUGGAACAUGAAAAAUAUCCGGAUAUUCAACAAAAUGUAUUGGCUUUAAUCAAUGCUAUUAUUCAGAAUCUGGAUCCAUCUAAACGGCGUGAUCAAUUUCGAAUAUUCAAAGAAACUAUACUUCGUUAUGUUACUGAUAAUGGAAGUGAAAUUACACAUCAAUUAUAUGUAUUGCAAACAUUAUUACUUCGUUCAUAUGAUGAACAAUUAACUAAAGUUGCUACACCAGAACAAACGAAUGAAAAAUGGCGUGAAAUACGUCGAAAUUAUGAUAGUGAAAUGGAUAAUUUAAUUAAGAAUCAAUUCAAUACAAACAGUACAACGACAACGACAACGGCAAAUCAAUCUUCCAAUACGAGCACCGGUAGUGGUUUGAAUCGUUCAAAUUCAACAGUAUCAAAUAAAUCAAAUACAUUUAAUGAUACACUUCUUAUGCUUAAUAACAAUGAAACUAUUGAUAGAUUCGGGCUAUUACCAUCCAAACCGAAUGGUUCGCCAGCUACACCAGCCGAAAUUUUUAUUGAUCCACCCGGAUUAUGGAUACUAAAUCUUCUUUGCUAUUAUUCGGGCAAACACAAUGAAUCAUUUGUUCGUUUUAUAAUGGCCAAUCAAUCAUCAUCCGGUGAAACUCGGCCAUAUGAUUGUCCAUUGAUUAUUGCAUCAUUUCGAAUACUUUCAUUGAUUGUUAAACUGUUGGGCAUUGGAAAACCACCACGUGAUGAAGGACAUGAAUUUUAUCCAAUGUUAUUGAAACAUGAAGAACCAUUAGAAGAAUUUUUCAGCAUUGGAUUAUCAUUAUUCAAUCGAACAUGGCAUGAAAUUCAUGCUACUUUCAAUGAUCUAGAUAUAGCGUGUGAUUUUUUAGCAGAAAAAUUUCACAAAAUUCUUGCCAAUCCAAAUGCUACAGUUUCUUUUGAAAAUUUCCAAAAAGAAUUAUCCAAAAUAAGUUAUACAGAAAUAUCACAUCGUUGGCGUGAAGAACGUUUGAAACGUGAACAACGUAAAGAAGAAAUGCCUGCAAUUCAAGAAUUGAAACGAUUAUUAUUGCCUGAAAUGACCACUAUAGUACGACAAAAUCGUCUAAAUUAUCUUGUUCGUGGUACAAGAUUUGAUAAAUACACUGCCAAAGGUCAACGAUUAAAGGAUAAAUUCUGGUAUUGUCGUCUAUCACCAAAUCAUAAAACAUUAUUGUAUGGUGAUGUGGAUGAAGAUUGUAAAAAUCUAGAUGAAAAACUUACUUCUAAAUUUGACAUUGCUGAUGCUGGACGUUUGGUUGUGGGUAAAGAAUGUCCACAUAUGCGUGAUUCAAAAGGUAAAAAAACCACCAUGUCAUUGGCAUUUGCACUUAUACCACGUGAUGAUGAUUCAAUCAAUGGACAACAACCACAACCAUUAUGUUUUGUUGCUGGAAAACCAGAAAUAUUUGAUUAUUGGAUUGAUGGCCUGAAUUCAUUACUACAACAAGAUAUGACAAGUAAUGAAACGAAAAAAGAUGUUGAAAUGUUAUUAGAUUUAGAUGUUAAACUUCGAUUGCUUGAUAUUGAAGGCCUAAAUAUACCGGAUCAAGCACCAGAUUAUAUCUAUUCAGUUGAAAUAGUCGUUUGGUCAUGAUUUUUUUUUUAAUUUCUGAACGAUAUGGCUAUCGGUGAAUUAAUCGGAUCGCUCCAGAAUAAUCCUUAUUUUGGCGCCGGUUUCGGUCUAGUAGGUUUGACGGCAGCUUUAGCUGCUGGUCGUAAAGCUGCUAUUAUUGCUUGGGCCGGUGUUCGACGUUAUGCAUUCGUUACAUGUGAAGUUAAUUCUAAAGGUUUGAUAUUGAUUCACUAUUUUUUUUUUUUUGUUUAUUACUAAGCUGAUUUUUUUCUGGAAAAAAAAUCUUAAUUAGAUAAAAGUUAUCAAUGGAUUUUGGAAUGGAUCACAAGACAAUCAUAUCGAACACAACAUGUUUCAAUGUGUACAGAAUUUUAUGAAGAUGAAGCUGGCAGAAUUUCCACACGUUUUGCAUAUAUUCCAUCACCGGGUAUACAUUUUUUUCGUUAUCGUGGUGCAAUAUUUCGCUGUGAACGUGUACGUGAACAAAUGGAUGCUUUGGCCGGUCGACCAUAUGAAGUGGUUACGUUGACCACUUUAGGUCGUGAUAAAUCUAUAUUCAGUUAUAUAUUUGAUGAAGCACGAACAAUUGCAUUGGCUGAAGCUGCAAAUAAAACGGCCACAUAUGUACCGUUUGGACAUGAAUGGAGAGUUUUCGGACAGGCACGUUCAAAACGACCGAUUGAUUCAGUCAUACUUGAUGAUGGUGUAGCCGAAACACUAGUGAAUGAUGUGGAAAGAUUUUUAUCAUCAGCUGAAUGGUAUCAUAAACGUGGUAUACCAUAUCGUCGUGGUUACCUAUUGCAUGGACCACCUGGAUCUGGAAAAUCUUCAUUCAUAUUUGCAUUGGCCGGCCAUCUUAAUUAUUCAAUUUGUGUACUUAAUCUAUCCGAUCCAUCAUUAACCGAUGAUCGUCUUUUACAUCUAGUCAAUACAGCACCAAAAGAUUCGCUUGUAUUACUCGAAGAUAUUGAUUGUUCAGUACGGCCACGAACAGAUGAUGGACAUCCAGAACGCUGGGAAGGCCUAUCACGUGUUACAUAUUCUGGCCUUUUAAAUACAUUAGACGGUGUAGUUGGAUCAGAUGCCCGUAUACUAAUGAUGACUACAAAUCAUUUGAAAUUAUUGGACGAUACAUUAACUAGGCCUGGCCGUGUUGAUGUUAAAAUGCUCAUCGAUGAUGCUAGUGACCGACAAUUAAAGCGAGCCUUUUUAAGAUUUUUUCCUACAACUUCAUCAAGUGAUGGUGAUGAAUUUGUUCGCCAUGUUCGCCGUACAUAUCCACGGCCAAUUUCAAUGGCCCGAAUUCAGGCACAUUUUCUACUAAAUCGUGAUGAUCCAAAAUCUGCACUUGAACAACCGAUUCAAUAAUUAUUUUUUUAAAUUUUAUUUUACAAUUAUAAAUAUAAGCAAAAAAUUAAGAAAAAAAAAUAUAUCGAUGA